GACAAUUUCUUUACAGUCUUAAACUCAAAUGGACGGAUUAAUUAAUUUUCUUAUGAAUUUUUUGUUAACUUUUGGGUGAUUAAGAUGAUUAUAUUCCAAUAAUCUAAUCUACCAGUUAAGAUUUUAAUCAACUCUUUAAUCUUAAAUGUGUCUAAUAUAAUUUAAUAUCUUCUGGCUGUGUGUGUUCCUCAUCAAUUUAUCUUCCUCUUUCCUUUCUUUCAUUCUUUCUUUCUUCCCUUACUAUUUCCUCUUUUUAACUGAAAGAAAGAGGCAAUUUGGAUGGGACCAGAAACGGAAUUCAUUGCACCAGGCGAGGCUCCCAUAUUUCGUCCAUCCGAAGAAGAUUUCAUCAAAGGUCCUCUUGCGUACAUUUCAAAAAUUCGGCCACUUGCCGAAAAACAUGGGAUCUGCAAGAUAAUACCACCCCCUUCCUUCCAACCUCCAUUUGCCGUUGAUGUCGAACAGUUUCGAUUCACCCCCAGGGUUCAGCGAUUGAAUGAAUUGGAAGCGAAGACACGGGUCAAAUUAAAUUUUUUGGAACAAAUAAUCAAGUAUUGGGAUCUACAGGGAACCUUGUCCAGAGACAAAGUUAAGGGAGCUCCUUUUAAACUUCCUACUGUCGAGAAGAAAGUACUUGAUCUUUAUACAUUACACAAAGUCGUCGCCGAAGAAGGAGGCUUUGAGACAUGUACAAGAGAAAGAAAAUGGUCCAAAGUUGCUCAUCGCAUGAAUUUCAAUUUAAACCCACAAAACAAGGGUACAAUCUCAUCCUUAUUGCGACAACAUUAUGAGCGUAUUUUAUAUCCAUUUGAUGUGUUCCUUAGUGGAGCCACCAUUGGUGGUGAUCUCAAGAUUCCUGGUGUCAAGGUUGCUCAUGAUAUCAGCCCAAUUGUAGAAACAAAUGGAAAACUUUAUGAACCUACACCUAUACCAAUCAUUAAGGAAUCAUCUGAAAAGCCAGAAAUUAAACAAGAAAUUGUUAAUUUUGAGUCAAGCAAUGGAGAUUGUUCUAAGUCAUCUUUCACCUCGGACAAAGAUGCUUCAUCACUAGGAAAUCGAACAGAAGAACCUUGUAUGACAACCUUGAAAGGACCUUCAACUUUGUCACCAACAAGUACAUCAACUUUAACAUCUACAACUCCGGUUACAGCUAAUAAGACAAAUAUUAAAACGGAAAAAACGGAAGCUAGGCAAUUACGAACAUCUCCUCGUAGAGUGGGAAGACCAAUAACUUAUAAUGUAAACGUAGACUUGAGUAGACAAAUUAGACUGGAUCGCACAAUUAGUGCUCCUAGCUCUCAGACUAGUGAUUUUAAUGAAGACGAAACAACUGAUUGUGAAGAAUCAAAAGAUGAGGACGAGGAAGAAGAACCAAGUGAACCCAUACAACUUCGCCCAUCGCCCAGAAGACUUGCUCAUAAAAUGCAAGCUCAUCCAGGACAAAGGCGUAGGACCAGUUAUCCCAGGGUGGACAAAGACAUUUCAGGUCUGUUUUCUUGUCCAUUCACAGAGUUACAAAGAUUACAGGUAUAUGGAGCUGGACCCAAGAUGCCCGGUUUUUCAUCUGAAGAUUCAUCAAAGAUCAAACCUCAAGAAAAAAAUGAGAAACAAGAAGUCAAAGAAGGAAAAAGUCAAAUUUGCACUCUCUGCAAUGAAAAUACAUUCACACAUCAAUUGCUUAGAUGUGCGGGUUGUGAUAAUUUAUUUCACCUUUACUGUCUUAUUCCUCCUCUUAAUAGUAUGCCAUCGGGAGUUUGGCAUUGUCCCCGUUGUGUAGCCUUAUUCGUACAAAAUCAGCCUCAACCAUUCACCCAUGAAUUUGGUUUUGCCCAGAGUCAGCGAGAUUAUUCUUUAGCGGAAUUUGGUGAAAUGGCUGAUCAAUUCAAAGCAGACUAUUUUCGUCUACCACCACAUAUGGUUCCUUUAUCCCGUGUUGAGAAAGAGUUUUGGAGACUUGUAUCGACAAUGGACGAAUCAGUGACGGUAGAGUAUGGCGCUGACCUCCAUACCAAUGACUUUGGCUCUGGUUUUCCAACCAAAAAAUCCAAAUUCAUCUCACCAGCUGAUCUUGAAUACAUUGACCAUCCUUGGAAUCUCAAUAAUCUACCCAUUUUAGAAGGAAGUGUUUUCAAAUACAUCAACUCAAAUAUAAGUGGAAUGAUAAUCCCAUGGAUCUACGUUGGCAUGUGUUUCUCAACAUUCUGCUGGCACAACGAGGAUCACUGGUCUUAUUCUAUUAACUACCUCCAUUGGGGCGAGGCCAAAACCUGGUAUGGUGUUCCAGGGGAUGGUGCUGAAAAAUUUGAACACGCAAUGAAACAAGUAGCUCCAGAACUUUUCGAUUCACAACCUGAUCUCUUACACCAACUUGUAACAAUCUGUAAUCCAAAUAUUUUGAUGAAAGCUGGUGUGCCUAUUUAUCGGACAAAUCAGCAAGCUGGUGAAUUUGUGGUCACAUUUCCUCGUGCAUAUCAUGCAGGCUUCAACCAAGGCUUAAAUCUAGCAGAAGCUGUUAAUUUUGCACCAUCUGAGUGGAUAUCUAUUGGCAGAAUUUGUGUUGACCACUAUUCAAUGCUUCAACGUUAUCCCGUCUUUAGUCAUGAUGAACUUAUUUGUAGGAUGGCCAGCAUAGCUGACCAAUUAGACAUUGCUAUUGCUAUCGCAACCUAUGAUGACAUGCUCGAAAUGGUGGAGCGAGAGAAUCGCCUUCGAAGAGAGCUCGAUGAAUGGGGUGUUACCCAGAAACAGCAAAUGGUUUUUGAAGCAAUACCUGAUGAUGAUAGACAGUGCUUCUACUGUAGGACUACCUGUUAUCUCUCAUCACUUUCUUGUGAAUGUAAAUCAGAUACGUUUGUUUGUCUGGCUCAUAGAGACAAAUUGUGUGAUAAGUGCACACCUUCUCAAUAUAUUCUCAAAUAUCGACACUCAUUGGAUGAUUUCCCAGAAAUGAUGACAAAACUGAAAGAGAGAACUACAACUUACGAAGAAUGGUUAGUCAAAGUAAAAAAAGUGUUGAACGGAGAUACAGAUGAGAUCGUACACUUUUCGGAAGUUCAAAAUUUAGCGGAGGAAGCAAAAGUGAAAUUCUUUCCAACCAAUACAGAUGUUUAUGAACAGUUAAAGUUGCUAAUCGAAGAUAUGAAGGAACAAUCCAAAGUGCAAAAGAAAAUGAUAGAACAGGCAAAGAAAAGAGAAAAUAUCUCAAUUUUAAAGAGACUCAAAGUCGAAUUACUGGGUCGUAAUUCUUCUAUAAACUAUACCAAUGAAAUGGACCUCGACAGUGACGAUGUCACUUGCAUGAUGAGAAAUAAAAAACUAAAGAAAGCUGUAUAAACUCAAAUGGAUUCAAAGCAUGGCAAAGAUCAAUAUAUUAUUUAAAAAAAUCAACAAUCUUCACAAUUUUCUAUCAAUUACAAAAAUAGAAAUGCUUAUGCUAACCCGGCCUGGUUCGUAGCAGAAAGCUUGAAAUUAAUGAUUCAGCGAAAGCGUUUCUAAUUACACAUCCCACACUUCAAACUAUACACAACCGCAUAUAAAUAUAUAAAUAUAUAUUCAUAUAAAUAUAAAUACACUCCAUUUACAUCCUUAAUCAUCUCCUGAAAGCAAUGUUUUUUUCCUCCCUGUAAUCCUAAAUUCCUUUUUUUCGCUCUCCUCCUUCUUUAUCCAUCUCCACCUUUCCCCCCUCUCUAUUUCAAAUUAUAUAUAAAAUAUAAAACAAUUGAAAAAUGUAUUAUGAUUAUAUAUGAGCGUAUGAAUAAUUUGAUCGAUAAACUCGUUUGGGUAUCGAUCAAAUAAGCUGAAUUGAUUACAGAUCAAAUUAGCCAAUUCAACUUUAUCCUCCUUUUUUGUGCAAGAUCCGAUUACUAGCCAGAGUCAAGAAAUAGACUGCGUUCUAUUUUCUUUCCUCCUUAUUCUUCAUUUUUUUCUUCAACAUCAUCAUCCUUUCCUAUUAUAACUCUCAAUCUCUCUUCCUUCUUGUCCUCGUCGCAUUUUAAAACCUUAAUAGGAAACAAUUCAUUUUGUUCCCAAAUCAUCAACUAAAACUACAAAAUUAGCUUUUUUCAAUCAACUUCUCAUCUUAACUAUAUUUUCUACCCCUAAUUAUAUCUCAUCCAAUCUACCAGAUAAAUCUCUAUUUCUCUCUCUCUCUUCUCUCUCUAUCUCUCAUUUUCUCACUUUCACUGUAAAUUGAAUUUCGGUGUUCUCAAAUUAAAUUGUAUUGUAUUAAGGUACAUUAACUUCUUGGUGUGACCUAUCCUAGAUGUGAUGAAUUCAACUUAUAAAAUAACAAAAAAAAUAUACGCUUAUUUACAUAAA